UGCUUUCAUUUUGCUACUUGUUGAUUGUUGUCAGAAAUAUGUAAACAUUUGGUGAUUUAUUUAGUUUUGGUUUGUUUUACUGUUCUGUAAGUCAUGUUAUAAGUUUAAAGAAAUCAUAUACAUCUUAAGAUUUUUAAGCACACAACUCAGCCUCAAGAGGUUAAAAUGGCAGAAAGUUACCUAAGUUGUUCAGAAGACCAACCCAGAGAUCUCACUGUUAAGACUGCCAAAAAAAUGAAACCUAUCCCUCCUCCAUUGAACCUUUCUGCCGAAGAGAGGGAGAAAAUGCCAUUAUCCAUGCUCAAAGAGUUUGCUAUCAUCGCUACAAGUCCAAAGAGCCCACUGAUGCAGAAACAUCUGCCAUUUAGGAAAAGAGCGCACAGCAUACCUGUUAACCUGGCCAAAGCAGACGCUGAAGUGACGAUUAUUCCUCCGAUAGCAGAGGAAAACACUGUCUCUACCUCGGAAAGCACUGUUCCUUCGUCACCUAGUAUAAAAUACUGCUCUGAACAAACAACAAGUGUCGUCUCUCCAGCCGUCUCUGGCCUACGAUCUCAUUUAGAACCGAUCUCACAUGAUCUCACAGACAGCUUCGUCCUUGAUCUCUCUACAAACGGCUCGGUGUUGCUAAGUCCUGCGCCUUCCUCGCUCGGUAGCAGCAGAGAAGAGUUGGCAGACUCCAGACUGGUUCACAGGUUUGGCUCUUGGAAGUGUCCGUGGCCGUCGCCCGUUUGGCAUUGUUUCCAGUCAGGUGUAAGAGUUAAAGUGGGAGGCUGCUGGCGACUCGUGGAACAGAUGCCAUCCUUUCCCAACGACUGGUCGGGAGAGCUGCUAGUGGAGCGAGUCACUCCCUCCCCUACUCCCCAGGUGGUCUGUUGCUCCCUCUCCUCCUACGGCGAGGUCAUUGCAGAAGUCACCCCUUGCCACCCCUUCCUUGUCAAGGAUCGUGGCUGGGUUGCCGUCUGCCCAGACAGUUUCCAGAAGCGCUACGGACUCAAGUGCCUGCCGCUGCAGCCGGGUGAUGUAAUACUGCAUCCUCUCCUCCCAUCGUCUCUCCCAUUACCACUCCCCUCGCCUGACAUCUGCGAGAGGAUAAAGAGAUUCAGUUUUCCAACCAUGGAAGAGCCUCAACCUCAGUCUCCGGCGUUUCUACUCUCACCUCCGACGACUCCAACACGUAAAACUCAGGAGUCGGACAAACCCAAGCGGCCGAUGAAUGCCUUCAUGCUGUUUGCAAAACGUUACCGGUUGGAGCUCAUUCAAACUAACCCAGGAAAAGAUAAUAGGGCCAUCAGUGUAAUAUUGGGCGAGGCGUGGAGGAUGCUUCCUCAAGAGGAGAGAGACAAGUAUAUUCAAGGUGCUAAGGAUCUCUCAGAAGAGCAGAAACUGCUCCAUCCGGAUUGUUGGAAGAGGAAACGCUCCCAUUCCACCAGUUAAUCCACCAAUGUAAAGAGUUCAACUGUUGUUCAGGUUCACGCUUUAUCUCGCAUUAUUUUUCCUCGUCGCUUUUGCACGGCUAUAUAUAAUAGGAAGUGAUGCUUAUAUUUUGAUAAUUACCUAGUUUUAAGCGUUAACAUUGAUUGUUGUGCAAUGUGGUUAAUAUUGGUAAAUAUUGUUUCGCUCGCUAAAUUUUCAAAACGUUGAAUUGCAACUGAGUAGAGUGUUUUAAUUUGAUCGUGGUUGACUUUUUUAAAGUGAAAGAAACCUACCAUAAAAUAUUUUACCCAUCUUUACUUCAUCUUUACAAGCUCAAAGCUGUUCGCAUUAAAUAUUAAAUUACUAAUCACUAUUUUAACCGUAGCAUAUUGAUUGACUUAAGUCAAAAUAGUCGUCUUAAUCGUGGUAUUUGAGAUGGUAUACUUUUUUAUGGUAAGCAAAGAUCAAUUGAUUCUUGUUUUUAAAUGAUCUCAAUGACCUUUCUAAUGUUCUCAUGGUCUAAUAGACCAAAAAUAUAGUUUAGAUUUAUUACGACUGCCAGUUUUUGUCACUUGAAGUGUGUUUUUAAAUUCACAAAGUGGUACAGCAACCAGAACAUAGGUGAAAGAUCUCAUUAAAAUGUUAAUUUAUGUAGUCAAAACACAAAUUUGCUUAAUUGAAACACCUAGCAAAGGUUUAACAUUAAAAUAAUAAAUGUUAUGUAUCACUGCAGUGGUGUAUUAGUACAUUUUCCGUUGCGGGGCCCACCAUUGUCGAAGAAAAACAGAUCGUUUACAGCCCUGUCCCGCUCCACUACACCACUGCUUAUCAGAAGAAUCGUAGUGUAUUUUCAGUGUAUAAACUCGCUUGGUUCAAAUAUUCAAGCCAUCACAGUAUCACAGAUAAUUAGCAUUUAAUUUUGUGCCAAAGUUGAGAAGUUUUUAUACUGAAUGCUUUAAAAUUUUUAAUUUAACAUUAAUUUUUCUUUCUAUUCUAUACAUUUUUGUCUUUUAAAAUGUUUUACUUAUUUUAAAAUUAUUUAAUAAAAAAGCAUUAUAAAUAUACUACCAGUAUCAUCAUUUUACUAAGAGUUUUCAAAUAAGUAAGGUGUUUUAUAAGAGUAAAAUAAUUGAUAGGUAAAGUUAAUGUUUGGGAAAGCCUGCUGAUGUUUUACAGUCAAAAACUUAACUGAAAACAUUCCUGAUUGCCUGAAAAAUCUAGACAAGGUAAAUAAUAUGUUAGUUAUUGAUAUUAUUGUACAGAUUUUAUAUAUUUUAUAUUUUCAGUUUUAACGCUAAGUAGUAGGUAGAAUUUAGGCUUACUUGAAAUAAUUAGUGAAUGGUAAAAUUCAUGUUUUGUAUGUUAUAACCUUGUGAAGAAUGUGAUUGUCAAUGACAAAGUUGUACGGCACAUGAUUUAAUUUGUUGCAAGUGUUUAUGUCUGUGAUUGAAGUUAUUCAUGUACUGAUACCAAGUAUUACAACUGUCAUAUGAGAAAUUAUGGCACACAUACACACUUAACCCUUUGAGUGCCAACGUCCGGGGAACCGGACGUUUUUAAAACGAGCCAAAAGUGCCGACGUCCGGCCGACCGGACGUUUUUAGAACGAGCCAAAAGUGCCAACGUCCGGCUGACCGGACGUUUCGUAAUGAUCGAACAGUUGUCAUAACAACCGAAUGGAUACUCGGAUUCUUUUAACCCAUAUAUUAACAUUGAGUCGAAAGUUACUAGAUGCGAUACAUCGAUUUUCGUUGGUCAAAAUAUCGAAAAAUUCGAUUUUUACGAAAUUUUAACCUAAAAAUCGCCAGAUCGCGCUCGGCAUUUUUAGCGCGACCUUCGGGAAAAAUCAUCGGCAUUUUUUGAGCAUUACUUUUAUUUCUCGCCUGGCACUCUAAGGGUUAAACGCUUUUGUCCUAUAAACAUAACUUAAAGCACUGUCACACGGAGCUUGUUUUAGCAGCUAGUUCUCGCUGCCAGAUCCAGCAGCUUUAGUUGCUAUUUCUUCAGAGCGCUAGCUGGAGCGUUACAACUUACAAGUCUAGUGAUGUAAUUGGGACGGUGGGUGUAGUUAACAAAAAUAAUGUUGUCUGUUGGUAUUAGAAGUUAUGUUUUGUCUAUGAUCUGCCAUCAUAAAAGUAAAAGAGUGCAAGUGGAAAAAAAUGCAAUGUUAAUGUUUAACACUAUUAUUUUUUAUCUAUACAGGCAUGCAAAUUACAAAUUGAUUCAAUAAGUUGUGGUUGGCCUACAACAAAAGUUCUUUAUCUUUUAUCAACACAAAAACACAUUCAUUUAGUUAAUAUAGGUGAGAUGUAGCAAUCAUAACAAGAAAAUUAUGGUAAUGCAUAACAAAAUUUCCAAACAUGAAGUUUUAAAUUUGUUCUUGAUUAGUUUCAAUGUAUUAAAUUCAUUUA